CCCGUUACUAGAAUUACCUCGCCACCUCCAUCUCCAAAGGCCCAAAACACCUCUCCCCCACCCCCGCGCGUCGCCGUCGCCGUCGCCCACGCCGGCGAGCCGCGGCACGCAAGCUCAAACCAUUUCCGGGGAGGUGAGGCGGCGUUGUUCGGGUGAGCUAGUGCGCAUCUCUCUCCUGCGUCAUCUGCAGCUGAACCGUAUCUCUCCGGCGCCAGUGAGCGCCCGCGCGCCCACAGCCUGUUUGACGGAAUGCCUCCAGCGAAGAGGUCCAAGAAGGACCAGGCCGGCGGCGAAGACCGCAUCGGCGCGCUCCCGGACGAGAUCCUCCACCACAUGCUGUCGUUCCUGCCGGCGCGGGACGCCGUGCAGACGUGCGUGCUCGCUGGCCGCUGGCGCCACCUCUGGAAGUCGGCCACAGGCCUGAGGAUUGGGGGCGAGAGUGAGGAUUGGGUUUGGUGGCGAGUGGAAGAGAAGCCGCGUGUGCGGGACAUUAGGGAGUUCGUGGACCACCUCCUCCUCCUCCGCGGAUGCGAGCCUCUCGACAUGUGCGAGCUCAGGUUCUGGUCUGACUACUACGACGACGACGACGAGACCCGCCGGGUAAAUCUCUGGAUCCGGCAUGCUGUUGCCUCGCAGGUCCGGCAUCUCGUGGUCAGAAGCAUUGCCGGUGGAGUCUUUGAAUUGGACGACCUGCCUCUUGUCUCCCGCCACCUGACGAGGCUAGAGCUCUUUAAACUCGACCUAACAGACAGAUUCUGUAACUUCUCAAGCUGCUCGGCGCUGAAACAUCUGAAGAUUUCCGACUCCAUGAUAUCAUGCCCCAUGAUUAGCUCAUCUGCCGGGUCACUGCAACAAUUGAGCAUCAGUCACUGCUCUUUUGGGGCCGUUAGGAAUUUUCGCACUCGGAUUUGUGUCCCAAGUCUUGUUUCACUGCAGCUGGAUGACUAUUGGUGCAUGACUCCUCUGCUUGAGAGCAUGCCAUCAUUGGUGGAGGCAACCAUCACGGUCAACUCUGGAUGUUCCGACUUUUGUAGAAAUGCUGGCUCUGGUUAUUGUGGUUUUGAGGAUUGUAACUACUGUUACCCUAUAAAUGAUGACAGAAGCUGUGUUCUUCUGAAAGGUUUAUCAGAAGCAAAGAAUUUGGCAUUGGUAGCUCAUUGCAGAACGUUUAUUUUCAACAGGGACUUGAAAUGGUACCCUACAUUUAGCAAGCUGAAGACUUUAUUGCUAAAUGACCACUGGUGUGUGGCUCCUGAGUUCCACGCAUUAAGCUGCAUUCUCAAACACUCGCCAGUUCUUGAGAAGCUCACUCUUCAUCUUUUCUCCUGGGGACCUGGACAUAAAGUGGAAAUGAAUGGGAGUUUUGGUAUGAUGGACAGACCAGCUGAAAUACCGGAGCACCUUAAUAUAGUGGAAGUCAAAUGCGAAGAGGUCAAUGAGAAUGUCUCCAAAGUUCUGAAAUUCCUGUGUGCAUUUAACUUACGAUUCAGUUUUUAGAAGGGGUGGACAAAUUUUGGACUGUCGACAGAUUUACUAUCACUGGAUUAUUUAUAAAUUGUAAUGGAGGGAUUAAGUUUGAUGUUACAAAGUUGCCAUGCCUCGUCCAUAUGUUCCUUUUUUUAAUGAACCGGCCGAAGACGGAGCCUUAAAAACAGCAUAUACAUGUCCUAAAAAAGGAAGAGUUGUACAAAGAAAGUUAAGUUAUAAGCUCAGAUAGACACUUUGCCCCUGUAAGGGCCACACUCCUCCUCUUUGAUUUUCCCCAAGUAAAUUUGAACCCAUAUACUUUAAGUUCAUGUUGCAUAGUUUUGACGUGUUACACAACCAUAUGCAUUAUGGUUCAAUAGUUUCACAAAGCCACACCAUUAAACAAUUUUUUUGUUAUAUAUUAUACAUAUAAAU